GAAUCUCCUUAAACAAGUUCCACUUAAUACACCAUUAGAAAACAAAGACUCCGGGCUAGAACAACCACUUAAAAUGUGAAGUUACUCAAGUUUUAAGGUGGAGACUCUCAACUUGGAGUUUUUGAGUUUGUCUUCAAAUAACAUUCAACAAAUUUUGGACAAUUUGAUUCCAAAGAUAUCUUCUUAUGUCCAAAAUUUAAGAAAGUUGUGUGUGGAGGGUUGUGGUAAUUUGAAAAAUCUAUUGACGUCCUCCAUGGUUAAGAGUUUUGAGCAAUUGAAUUGGCUUGAGAUUCAGGAUUGUCAUAUGAUGGAAGAGAUAAUACUUGUAGAAGAAUCAGUGGACAAGGAAAGGAUGUGCAAGAUUUUCUUCCCUAACAUGGAGUUCCUACUACUCCAAGACCUUCCAAAACUCACAAGAUUUUGUUCUGGAAAUUACUUGGAAUUACCAUGCCUUUGGAAACUUAAGAUAAGCAAGUGUCCUGCGCUGAAGACUUCCAUCUCUAGAUUUAUUUUUGGAGACAUGGUAGCUAGUUCUGAUAAUGUCAGAAACACUUGUGCACUUUCUUUGUUCGACGCAAAGGUGGCAUUCCCCAAAUUAGAGCGUUUGAUCAUUGAACAUGUGAAGUGCUUGAAUAAGAUAUGGAAUGACCGACUCGAAGUAAAUUCUUUUUGCCAACUAACUUUGGUGAGCGUGGUUUGAUGCGAAAAGUUAAUGAAUAUUUUCCCAUUUAGUAUGGUGGAAAGGCUUCAGAGACUAAACAAACUCCAAAUAUGGAACUGUGAUUCACUUGAAGAGAUACUUGAGUCUCAAGAACCUGGUAUUAGUCAAUCGCAAGCUCAAAAGGCCACUCUGCUGCCUUUGUUGGAAACCAUCACAUGCUUGGAGGAUGAUGUGAAGGAUGAGAUUGUCUUUAGCGAACUCAAGUAUUUGCAACUUUGUGGUUUGCUUAGACUUUCAAGCUUUUGCUCUGUUAAAUGCAAGUUUGAGUUCCCAUUUUUGGAAGAGGUGAUUUUGAUGGAUUGUCCAAGUAUGCAGACUUUCUCUAUGGAUGAAAUAAGGACACCAAAACUGCAAAAAGUAAAAUUGAAUGGAGAUGAAGAUGAAGGCUUUUGGGAUGACAACCUAAACUCGACCAUACAACUACAUUUGAUGCGAAAGAGUCAAGGUGAUUCUGAAAAUUGAGAUCAAAGAAAUUGUGGCUUAUGUCAUUUCCAAGUGAAAUUUGAUGGUCUGAAUGGUGUACACGUAAGUUGGAUGUGAAGUUGUCACAUUGCUUGGUGCUGCUUGGUGCCCAGAAUGUUACCUCACUAACUAAAACCGAUUCCCUUUUUCUACCAAAAAAAAAAAAAAGACAUCUUUUUUAUUUCUCGUACACUUGUGCAACUUGUAUUAUGUAUUAUUAAAUUCAUGCAAAACCUUUAAAUCAUGUGUUAUUUUAUAGUAUUAAAGAAAGGAUAUCCUU